CAAGAUGCAGCCUGAGAUGGAACAAAAGAAAAAAAGCUUGAAGCAGAGACUGGUCUUGAAGAACAGCUUAGCUAAAGAAAUGCUCUCCGAGUUCUUGGGCACGUUUAUAAUGAUUGUUCUUGGAUGUGGCUCUGUUGCCCAAGCUGUCCUCAGUCGCGGACAUUUUGGAGGAAUCCUCACUAUCAAUAUUGGAUUUCCAAUGGCAGUUGUAAUGGCAAUUUAUGCGACUGGAGGUGUCUCUGGUGGCCACAUCAACCCAGCCGUGUCUUUUGCCUUGUGUCUUUUUGGACGGAUGAAGUGGUCCAAAUUGCCCUUUUAUAUGGGGGCCCAGUUCUUGGGAGCCUUUGCAGGGGCUGCAACCCUCUUUGGCAUUUACUAUGAUGCACUUAUGUCUUUUGCUGAUGGAAAACUGCUCAUCACAGGAGAAAACGCAACAGCACAGAUUUUUGCAACAUACCCAGCUCCAUAUUUGUCUCUGAUAAAUGCAUUUGCAGACCAGGUAGUGGCCACCAUGUUCCUCCUCAUUAUAGUCUUCGCUGUUUUUGAUUCAAGAAACUUAGGAGUCCCCAGAGGCCUACAGCCCAUUGUCAUUGGCCUCCUGAUUGUUGUCAUUGCUUCCUCUCUGGGGAUGAACAGUGGCUGUGCCAUGAACCCAGCUCGAGACCUGAGUCCCAGACUUUUCACUGCUUUGGCAGGAUGGGGGUUUGAGGUCUUCACAGCUGGAAAUAACUUCUGGUGGAUUCCUGUAGUGGGCCCUUUGGUUGGAGGUGCUAUUGGAGGCCUUGUCUAUGUUCUUUUCAUUGAAAUUCACCACUCAUAUCCUAACCCACACUUUGAGGUCGAACAAUCGGAGGACAAACCAGAGAAAUAUGAACUUAAUGUGAUAAUGUAAUAGCAUGCUCAG